UUUUAGAAAUCUUCUGCUAUCAGAGGAUUUAGCAAUAAGCAAGAACAUAUGCAAGAAGACAUCUGAGUGAAGAAUGGUUUCCUUUUUAUCAUUGGGACUCUGUCUUCUUUCUCUCACACAGACAGCAGCUGGACUUCAGUCAUUUGAUCAUUUGGUGAUGUUUGCCAUACUAGGAGAUGAUAUUACUUUGCCAUGUGGCAUACCCUCUAUUAAAUCCUGCUCCUCUGUUAACUGGAACAUGGCUGGAAAGUUUCAAUCAGUCGUGAGGGCUGGAAGGGUGACAGCUCCGAGGCUUGGCCUGCUGAAGGACUGCUCUCUGCAGAUUAAUCACCUGGUACUCGAUGAUGCACGGCUUUACUCUUGUGACAGUGGGGCGCUAAAUUCAAGUGUUUCACUUCAGAUUCUUGAAGUUGCUGAGAACUUAACUCCUGCGGACGGCAAAAUAGAGCUGCACUGUUUCCUCAAUAUGUAUAAAGGACUUGUAAACCCUUGUAACCACAAAGGGAUACAUAUCAAGUGGAGCGCUGAAGAUAAUACACCAUUAAAUGGGAACAGAUUUAGCUUUAAAAAUGCAUCUGAAUGCUUCUCUAAACUGUUCAUCACUAAAAAACUGACAGACCAUCACAGAAAAUGGAAAUGCCAGCUGACUCAGAAUGAUACGGUUAAAGCCACCAUCAGUUAUACAACAACAGUAAAAGAUGGUAUAGAGGAAGUGUUUGCUGCAGUGGAUGAGUCAGUGUCACUCUCUUGUGGCAACACUUCCUCUCUAGCUGUGAGUGGCAGGGUGAAGUGGGCUGUGGGUGAGAGGACACUGACAGAUGACAUCUCGCUGUAUAAAGGCCAAACAGAGGAAUUUCAUGUGAAUAAAGACUCCUCACUGGUCAUUAGCAAAGUGAGCGAUCUGCAUGCCGGCGACUACCAGUGUUCAGAGUCCACUGAUCAGCAAAAGAUGUUCAACAAAGUCAGGCUGCAUACCCUUGAUGUUACUUCAGAGCGAGGGCCAGGAGGAGAUAAUCUCACGUUAACUUGUGUGCUCACCUGCACUAAAGAAUGUGGAAAAGAAUUCAAUUUAACUUGGUCUGGAGGUAGCCAAAAUAGCUGGCAGAGUGGUUUAAUGAAUCACAAUAACACUCUCAUAAAUAGGCUGUUUCUCCCAGUUUUGUCAUCAGAUGAAUUAACUUGCUUUGUGCACAGAGAGGGUGAUGUGAUGGCAUCAAAGAAGUGGCGCGCUGUUAACCCUCUGCAGACACCUGCGUGGGUAGCCCUUCCUCUAGCCCUCCUGAUAUGUGUAACUGCUGGAGGACUCUACAUGUACGUGAAGAGGAAGCACAACAAGGAUGCAGGAAAUGAACAGCCAAGUAUUGGAAUGAAUCAUAUUUACGAGGUCGUUGAGGAUGCAAAUGAUGAGGAACAACACCAGCAAAGACAAACCAAAAGAGGAGCUGUCGCCACCACUGACAGUUUCUAUGAUUUAUUACAGGCAGUAUACUAGAACUGUAUUUUAACCUUGAUGUCAACCAUCAAUACACCAAAAAUAGGUUUCCCAAAACCUGUUUGAAAAGGGAAUAUAUUCUUGUAACAGACAGAACAGCAGAUCAGUGUUUAUGACUUCAUCAUCUUACAAAUUUUAU